UCCCAAUACAGCCUGACCGAUCUUGCAGGGUGGGAGACAGUGUGGAAGUGGAUGCUUUUUAGACGGAAAAGCGAGAUAGCGUAGAUAAAUAUGUCUGAAAUAGAUAUUCUGGUUGAAAUGGGUUUUCCUAGGAACAGAGCGUAAGUAGAUCUUGAAAUGAGACGUUUCUAUUUUUUCAUCAAAUUUCGCUCGCCAUGUGGGAGACAAGUUCAUCAAAAAAAUUUUAAUGAAAUAUGUAACUACUUAUUGUUCAAAUCUUCAAUUAGAGAGAAGGCCCUUGCCGUAACUGGUAACAAAGGCGUUGAACAGGCAAUGGAAUGGUUAGUAUCUGGACUGAACUUAUGUCAAAAAACGGCAAUGUAAUUUUGACGCAAUGACAUAAUGUAAAACAAAAUCCCUAUCAGGUAAAAAAUUCUAUCAUGGACUAAAAUGGAAAGAAAAAAUAAUAUCUGAAAUCACACGAGAGCUGAAUUGAUAAUUCACCUCGGAAAUGAAGUUGGAUUUAGUAAAUUUCAGUAUUGUAUAAUUCAGUUGCAAAUUCCCAAAUAAUCAUGCGUCGAGGAUAAGAUCUCAUUAGAAAUUCUCCUUACUGUCCACUAUACUAUUCUUAUUAUGCUAGUGUGGAGAAUUUUGCAUUGGAUCAACUAAUAAUCUCCUGAUUGAUAUUUCUCUAUUCUUCAUUUGUCUGCUUGACACUCUGGGAGAGAGGAUGAUUUACUGUAAUGAUAUUGUAAGGAGAGAUUCUGUCUUGGUCAGUUAUGGGAAUUACAGUGUUAAAAGACUCUAGAUUUGAUUCUUUAGAUAUAGUGUCACACUAAUUUAGUCACUGAACUAAUGUUCAGUUUGUUGUCUUUGUAAAUUCUUCAUUUAAGUACCGUAAUGCUGUAUCAAACAAUAUAUUUAUUUCUAAAUCAAGCUCAAAAACAUUGCCAAGUCAAGUCCUAGCUAUUUGCAGUUUUUGAUGUAAACAAACGUAAUUAACUGUCAGUAACCAUGUCUUGUCUUGUCCAGGCUCCUUGCCCAUUCAGAAGAUCCAGACAUUGAUGAACCUUACAAACCACCUGUUGGACAUGUGUUGGGUCAAGGUAACAAAACUGAAUAAGAAAGUUACUGUAGUAAAGCCUUUUCUCUUUAAUGAAAUAGCAAAAGAAGUGAUAUUGUUACAAAUAUGGAACAAAGAGAAAAUAAGAGUCCUCCUAAGAAACUAAACCUUAGACCUUCACAUUUUACAUGUACAUACCAAUACGUUACCAUUUGGCCACAGAGAACACUAUGGUGAGUUAGUUUGAAAAAGUCAAGUGAGUAAAUAGUAUAAGGAAGAGGUAAAUUUUGAGCUCUGAAGUGGAAUGAAGAUUUUAUUCAUAUGGCCACAAGUGUGACAUUACAAGAAUCUCUGUCUCUAUAUCUACACCAAAAUGGCUUGAACCUUGUUCUUUGUACCUCAAAGUCUAUUGAUUUCUUAACUCUUUAACUCCCACCAGUGAUUAACAUGAAACUUCUCCCUAAAAUAUGACAAGCACAUGUCCAGCAAGCAGGUAAUGAGAAUAUCCAAACGUAUUAGGUUAAAGUUGUUAUCCUGAUCUGGCACAAUAUUCUUGUACCUGAUUUACAAGGAGAUGUGUAGCAGUUAGAAGGAAGAAUUAACAUUAGGAUCUUGGGAGUUAAAGGCUUAGAUGAAGUAUCAGAGCCUUUAAAGUUAAAUCAUUUAGUUUCAUUACCAUAAAAGUUCUCUCAAAGUCUCUGCACUUCUCCUGCUCUAAAUUUUUAUGUUACAUACAUUGUAUGUAAUUUUAUCAUGAUGUAGAUGACGAAGCAGCCUCUUCUGAUGGAGCAAGUGAGAAAGUUCCAGUUGAGAAUUUAGAUCAUUCAUCAGCUGCUGCUGGAUCCAGUGCAGAACCCCAACAAGCCCUAUCUCUUGUUUGUGAUGAGUGAGAUUUCUUUCAAUGAUUACUUUUCUUAGCUGAAUAUUGUUAAUAAUUACUGCUUAGAAUGUUGGUCUUUGUUGAUUUUCUGUCAAGGUGUCCUCUGUAUAUGUUGUUUGAUAACCUAAGUGAAAAAUGUCAGACGAUAGGGCAUCUAAAGUCACUGUAGAUACUUUAGAUAAUUGUUAUGGAUGAUCAGUUAUAAAUUAAUUGAUUGUUAUAUAUUAAAUUACUUUACUUUACUUUACUUUAUUGAAAUUUGUUACACGUACAGAAUAGUAUCGGCAACUGGAGAAGAAAACAGGAUGAUGUCCCAAUUGAUAUUCAACCCCAAAAGGGAAUUCCCAAAAUUAUUGACUUUAGUUCAACUUUAGCUAACUGAUGGCUUCUAUUAGUUCAUACGUAAAGCUCUUCUGUAAAUUUGUUCUUUAUCUGUCAAGGUUACCCAGUCAGUAAACUUGGAUUUUACAACCUAAUGAUUUGUGCUUUGUACAAAUCACUAGAUUGAAAGCCCACAAGGCAAAAUUGCUGAACUGAGUGUUCCUUUUAGGACCAAGGAUAUUUUGUUCUGGCAGCAUGUUGGAGUUAAUUUUUUUAUUAAUGAUUGAAAUAAAUGUUUGCAUAGUAACUAAAUAUGGUACAUUUAAAUGUAUUUCUAGCUGUGGAAAAAGACUCAAAAGCGAGAAUGAUGUGCAGGUUUGUUCACUGUUUUUUUUUCCCCUGAAUUUAUUCAUCAAGUAUUUCUAAGACCAAGGUUUUCACUGCUCUGGUUGGAGCACAAACAUCUCAUUGAGGGAAAAACACCAAACAGAUUUUUUUCCUACUGAAUAUUCAGCAAUACAUGUGAAGAAAAUACAAUUGCUUUUAUACUGAUCAGACACUCGAAGUGUUCUUAGUGUCCUUUAAACCAUGGUUAAAAAUUAAGAGGGAACCUUGAGGAAAGGUUGAAUAUUGACUGUUGAUCAUUAAUCUCAGGCUCCACAGAAUAGGAACCAAGUAUACCAAAAAACGUCUUAACUUAAAAAGAGAAUCUUCAACUCUUAAUAUUUCUGGGAACUUGUGUAAUUUUUUUUUUCUUAAAAUUUUAAGUGGGGGAGGGGGAGGUUUUUUGUCUAGGCAGAAGUUAAAAGGAGAAAUAAUUAUGUUUAGAGUGUUUUUUUGAACCAGUUCACUUUUUCUCUAUUCUCAAGAUGCAUGCAGCAAGAUCAGGACAUUCCAACUUUUCUGAGUCGACAGAGGAAAUCAAGCCUCUUACCGAGGAAGAAAAAAAACAGCAACAAGAAAAGUAAGGCUCUUGUUUUCUCUAAUAAAAGAAAAAAACAUCCAGUUGUAAUGAUAUGGACACACUCAUUUGCAUGGCAACCUGAAGAGUAACAGCUAUCCCUCAUGAAUAUUAGUGUGCAGGAUUCUAGUUUUCUGGAAGGGAUGCCAGUUCAUUUUCAGGAGGUAACUCCUGUCUUCCCCCUCCUUGGUUAUUUGUCAUGUGGUCUUAACCCUUUACACCUGUACAUCUGUAUGCAUAUUCUCCAUACUGUUCUCUUUACAUUUCCCAAGGUGCUGAUAAGGAGAAUUUGUUAAACAAUCAAGAGCUUCUUUAGUUGGUGAUCAUUUCUUUUAUUCUUGUGACCUUGUUGAGUGAUUCAGGGCUGAUAAGAUAAGGAUAACUUAGAUGCUACUCCCUUUUAGGAGUUAGAGGGUUCACAGUUAGUCAGCACUCAAUUGCAUUUGCAAUUGGAGGAAAGCACUGCAAGAGUAGAGUGUCUUACCUAAGAACAUGACCUGUUGAUGCAACCAGGGCUCAAGCCCAGUUCCCAAGACUCAGAGUUCAGGAUGUCUAGCACAAGCCCACAGCAUCUCUCUUGGUCUAUUAAUAUUUAUAUCUCUCCCUUCUUUUCUUUUUCCUUUUUCUUUUUUUUUUUUAAUCAUUAUGUCUUUUUGAAAGCAUCCUUACUUUGCCUUGUGGUUACUUUUAUCUUUAAGAUUACAACAAAUACUGAAAGAAAGAAGAGAACAGAAACUAGCCAAUGAAAAGAAGGUGAACUUAGUAAAACAGAGCAUUUGUUGUGAACAACUUGUUCAAUCAAUUGAUCUCUUUGUUGAAAUUUCUUUCUUUUCAUUUUCAAUCAGUUAUUUAUCAUAACAGGCUUACAAUCUUAAUACUUUGUGUAGCAGACAAAUGAUAAGAAGAAAAAAAAACCCGCUAAGAAACAGAAUUUAUUCCAAAUUCUUAGAACUGACAUCACAAGAAAUGUAUAGCAGACAGUUAUGAGAAUUGACAUUGAGAUAUGAGGAUGAAAGGAUUACUUUAGUGAUUACUACAUGUACUCAAUUUAUUUUCAUUCAUUUUGGUGAAAGGGCAGCUUUGCAUUCUUUUAGAGAGCUUCAAGAUAUGUAUGUUUUCUUUGUAAUUUUAAAAAGCAUUUCGGAUCAAUAUCAGUAUCUGGGCAACUGCCCACCUACCCCUCCCCUAACUCAACAACAGUCAAUUGAUAACAAGUUAGGGUUAAUGUUGGGUUAGGGGAGGGGUAGGUGGGCAGUUGCCCAGAUACUGAUAUUUAUCCAGUAUUUCUUAUGAUUCAGACUCAAAACAAACUUUCUUGUAGGAGGCACUUGAAAAAGAAAAGAGCAGAAGGAAGUUUGGAAAGGAAUUGACAACGGUGAAACAAAAGUAUGUGCAAGUCUGUUAAGACUGUUACCUAACAGCAUUUUAUCAAAUAAUUUUUUGCACAAAAAAAUCGUGAAAAUGAUUCUUUGAGAAAACUUUUUUUCAAGGAGAGGUAUGUAUGGUUUAUAGAGAAACUAUUUGAAUUACACAAGGCACUGCGCUGACUUUCUAAACAUCCACAAGGGUGAUAAGAAAUAUAUCAUUAAUGAGUUCUCUUUGGAUGGUAUUAUUUUAUAUUUUACAAUUUGCCCUGUUUGCCUCAUCUUGCUAGGAUGGAAUAUCAAGAAGCACUGAAGAUAGCUAAUGAACGGAAAAGGGAGAAAAUGGAAGAAAGAUUAGCAAAGUAAGUCAUUAAUGUCUUAAACCUUUUUUUGUUGCAGUUCGUUUGAUAUGUUGUUAUUGUUUCUUUGCAUUUUUUGUUUUGUUUCGGGGGAGGGGCGGGUGGGGGGUCAGUGGCUAAAUAAUUGAGUCCUUGAGACGUGUUUGAAAGGCGUGCGCAAAAGCCGCAUUCUCACUUUCUACUUUGUUUUGUGUAUAUUACGAUUAACUUAGGGAUUGUUUUUGUUUUAAAAGACUUCUUUCCCCUCCCCCCCUCCCCUUUGUAUGCAACCGUGACGACAUUGUAACUUUUCAGUCCGAGAGAACAAGCAUGGCUAACCGUUUUCAGACAGUAUCGACUAUGCAAUUGUUUUUCUUUUUAUAGACAAAGAGUCAAAGAUCAGAUCGCAAGAGAUAGAGCUGAGAGAGCUGGAAAGGUGAGGAGGGAAAAUACUCAAGAAUAACCUUUUCCAAGCCUACAGUUAGUAAAUCAGGGCGAGAAAGGUUUGGGUCGGGUCGGGUCGGAUCGGAUCGGAUCAGGUCGGGUCGGGUUCGUUUUUACUCUCCUCCGCUACUAUAGCUAUUUAACAAAUCCUCAAUGCUUUAGUGUGGUCUUCAUUGUUAUCGACCACGAUAUUCGUCAUGACAGUGGUCAAAAUGUUGUGCUCACGAAGCGCAGCCGAGUGAGUCCGCAACAAAUUUUGACCAGUGUCUUGGCGAAUAUCUAAGCCACUGACAAUUUGUUUUUUUGCCACAAUAUCGGCGUCAAAUAAACGAUUCUUUCAGUGCGUGAUCAAGAUCAUGACACGUUGACGUGAGCAGCGUUGUCUGUACUCUUAUCAACAACGGCAAAUUGGCCAAUCAGAUUGCGACAUUACUGCCAAUCGUGGUAAAAAGAGAUAUUAACUAUUGUGCCUCGUUUUACUAAUUUAGCUUUUAAUUAAACUCUUUACGGUUGUCAAUUUACGUUAUUUACUAUGCUUGUUUACAGUUCGGUAAGGGUGGAGCCGACCCACAGCCGGUCAAUGCAGCAGCUACUGCAGCACCAGCUCAAACAGUUCAACCCGCCGCUGUAGAGAAAAAACAACACACGACUUGUAAACUACAGGUAGGGUAAUAUUUACACUGAUCAGGCAAUACAUAUGGGGCUUACGCUGGCACGACCGGUCCAUUUAUAAAGAUAAUACUCGAAUGAUCAGAACUAUACAGCCAGAGCAGUCAAUUACUAAAUCUGAUUCUUUUGUCGGAGAGAAUUUAUACGAAAAUUAGGAAAUAACGCUUUUGAAAUAAUGCCUGGAGUGAGUCGUAUUUAAGACAGAAACCCUGCACUGUCAAGCGGAUAGUAGCAAGAGUCCUGUGGAUGUCUGUUUCACCUUUAAUACCCUAACAUCAGUAUGCAUAUUCUUCAUACUGUUUUCUAUUCGUUUCUUAUGGUGCUAGUAAGGAGAAUUUAGAAGAUCCUCGCAGCUAAGAACACUACUGAAACGAGUAGUUGUAAGUAGGACCUGAAAAAAAAAAAAUUUCAGGCCCGUACGGGAUUUGAACCCAUGUCCUCUGCGAUACCGGUGCAGCGCUCUACCAAUUGAGCUAUCAAGCCAACUGGGAGUUGGUCAAUGAAUUGGGUACAAAUAAACAUCCGAGUGAAUGGAGAUUUUAGAUAUAUGAAAAUUCACAUAUUUGCACUGCGGUGGAAAGAUGAAAUUAGAAGAUCCUCGCAGCUAAGAACACUACUGAAACGAGUAGUUGUAAGUAGUGUUCUUAGCUGCGAGGAUCUUCUAAUUUCAUCUUUCCACCGCAGUGCAAAUAUGUGAAUUUUCAUAUAUCUAAAAUCUCUAAGGAGAAUUUGUUAAACAAUCAAAAGCUUCAUUGGUUGGUGAUCAUUUCCUUCUUUCUCGUGACCUUAAUGUUUAACUCAGCAGUGAUACAGUUAUGAGAAAUUAGAUAAUAGUCACUUCGGGAUUUUAGGGUAAAUACAGGUUUCACUUUUUUCAUUUCAAAUUCAGCACGUUGAAAAAUCAUUGCUUUUUUCCUCUUAAUUCGCUUUAAUUUAAGGGCUACUUUUUCGAGAAUGUUCAAAUUUUAACUUGUACCUACUACAUUCCAAUUUUUCAUUUUAUCAUCAACAGUUUCGUUUAACAAAUGGCAGUACGAUCACUGGAACUUUCCAAGCAACGGACACCCUGGAGGCAGUUCGUAAUUACAUACAUGACAACCGCACAGAUGGCUCGACGCCUUUCAACUUGAUGACCACCUUUCCCCGGAAAACUUACACGGACGGAGACAUGGAAACUAGUCUCCAGGAUGCUGGGCUGGUACCCUCGGCCGUGCUGAUACUGACUAAAAUUUAAAAUAAACUCUAGGCAACACUUGUUACAGAGAAAAUUAACAUCUUAAGACAUGAUUUUCGUGCUUUCGUUAAAAUAUGGAGGGGUUUGGCUCGACGUUAAGCAAACUAAAUUGACUGUUAGAAGUAAUGUGGAGUGUCACUUGUCCAAUGUAAUGACUGUUAAGCUAAUCUUGGUCUAUAUUGCAACGUAUGCACGUCUCUUCGCACGUUAAAACGACGUGGGCAGUUGCAUUUUGUUGCAAAUUUCCCGUCCAUUUAGACUCGAGUUGCUGUUGACAAAAUUUUCCGUCAGUCAGUCGAAGCAACGGGGACAUAUGGGUCUUCUUUUACGUAUCACUGACCGUUAGAAUAACUGCGCGGUGGUCCAAAGAAACUUGCUUGUUUUCAGGAGUCCAUUUUCAGCAAAUCAGCACACCUUGAAAGGAAAUAAUAUUACCAUUUUGAAAAUCAAAACCCUCCUUCGGAUCUCUAUUAAGCUAGGACUGCCACUAGAACUUAAGUAUUUUGAAUUCGCUUGCCAUCAUUUUUCCUUCAAAAAGGAAAUUUUUUUAUGGACAACUUGUUCAAAGAAACCGUAAAUUUUGAGUAAUGGUUUUCGAUAAACCAGGGCUCACACGAAAACGAU